GAAAUAUUCGUUGUCUAUUGCACCAAUCGGUCUUUCUUUACUCGUUGGUUUUUGGAUUUCUCAACCUUCUCCUUCAUUUGCUAGCUUCACCAUUGUAUCAGUUGUCUGCUAUUUCCUUGCUAAUGGCUUCAUAGCCAUUCUGAUUUUGAUAUCCCAGUUCGCCUUUUAUGGGGCUGCUUUGCUACAUAUUUUCAUCAAGAAAAGGUUUCAAUUGGGGGGAAAAACUUCUCAAUGGUUUGUGAAUAUAGCCUCUGUUUUCUGUUCAUGGAAGGUGGUAAGGGUUGUAAGAGCUAAUCCACUAAUGGUUACAGCACUUGCUGCAAUUACUUUAGCAUGCUUGGUUCAUCCAGGUUUGGGUCUACUUGUUCUCUUGCUCUCUCAUGCUUUGUGCUGUCAUACUGCUCUUUGCAGCUUCAUUUCGCAGCCAUGCAGUCAUGCACGAAGACAUGAAUUAUUUGAUUAUAAGAAAGACGGAAAUGGUGGGCCUGACAAACUUACAUUCAAACGUGAUGGAGAUCAUGACUAUCCUACUUUUGUAUCCCUCUUCCAAAUUAUCUUGAUGAGUGGGAUAAGCAAGAAUGCUUUAGAGGAGCUGUCAUCUGAAAGAAGUUCUGAUGAUCGCAUACCCCUUAUUUAUGCAAUAUCAUUAGGUUUGCCAUCCUUAAAAACACCGCUCAUUCAUGACAAUUGGUGGUCCAUGGAAUUCCACUGAUGGUGGUGAUCCAUUAGUUGAUGAUAACUCUUUAAUUCAAACUGCAAUAAGGUUUGUGCUGCUUGCUAUCUAUUAUUUAGUGGCAAAGACAAUACUACUUUUGGUAUUAUAUUGAAUGAUGUUAUCUUUGUAGAUAUGGAAAGGAUGUUGCGAAACUUGAUCUGCAGAACUGCAAGAAUUGGAAUCGUUUUCUUAAGGUAUAGCUUUUCCCUUAUAAUUAUUGCGAUGGUUAAGUAGUUGCAAGUCAGUUUGAUUUUGCAGGUUUAAUUCAUGACUAGGUUUUCAUUAUAUUUGUCAUGUGCAGAUACACUACGAUAGGAUUGGGAAGGAUGGAUUCUUUAGCCCAUAAAGAAAUUAUUGCAAAGUGGUGUGAUAAUAAGUCUUACAGAUUUGAUUUUGUUCUCAUCUUAUCGAGUUAAGUGUAAGAUAUAUGUAGUGGCAUCUGUUAGGGAUGAAAAUUUUAUGAAGUGUUUCUUUUACAUUCAGCUUCUUAUAUAUAUGACAUGAGGGUAAUAUGAAUAUGACAUUUGAGCAAUAUAAUUUUUUUUUGUUUGAAAAGACCUCAUUUACGGCGCGCAGAGUACGCCUUAAAUAGAAAUUCAGUCACUUUUUUACGGCAUGCAGGGA